ACGUGCAUUCCAUGACAGUCAUCUGCUGUACCAUGGCUCUUUUUGCUUGGCCUGCUGCUUUGUCCUCUACUUUCUUCACCAACCACUUGUUCAUACCUUAACGAAACGACAUACUAAAUUGAUGACGAUGUAGAAAGUGUAUCAGAUUCUCCGUCUGCAUGCUCCUUUUCUCGAUCACUGAACCUACUACGUACAGUUGAUGGAUUUGACACAAAACGACUGCGUGAAUAAUGGUGACUGUGAUAAUAAUUCUGAUUUCUCAAAGCGAUCGGAUAAGCCAAGACGCUUAAAUAUGGAGAGACAAAGAUCUUUUGACGAGAGGUCGCUUGUCGAGGCAUCACCGCGUUACACUUCAUGGGCUGAAAAUGGCCAGAGACAUAUUGACCUUGAUAGUGUUUUUUCACCAAGUAAAAGAUCACCCUUCAAUACUCCCAGGGGUCGAUAUGGGUAUGAAGCGCACCCGAUGUUUGCUGAGGCUUGGGAGUCAUUAAGGAAGACAAUGGUGUACUUUCGUGGUCAACCGGUGGGGACUAUUGCAGCGCUUGACAAUUCUGAAGAGAAACAAAAUUAUGAUCAGGUCUUUGUGAGAGAUUUCAUACCAAGUGGAUUAGCCUUCCUAAUGAACGGGGAACCGGAAAUUGUGAAGAAUUUUCUUCUAAAGACUCUACGCCUCCAAUCAUGGGAGAAGAAGAUAGAUCGGUUUCAACUUGGGGAGGGUGUCAUGCCGGCUAGUUUUAAAGUGCUUCAUGAUCCGGUUCGUAACACAGAAACUUUAAUGGCAGAUUUUGGUGAGAGUGCAAUAGGACGAGUUGCCCCUGUUGAUUCAGGAUUUUGGUGGAUCAUAUUGCUUCGAGCGUAUACCAAGUCAACUGGAGACACUUUGUUGGCUGAAAGGCCCGAGUGCCAGAAUGGUAUCCGGUUGGUACUCGCCUUAUGCCUUUCUGAGGGUUUUGACACAUUCCCCACACUUCUUUGUGCCGACGGUUGCUCUAUGAUUGAUCGGAGAAUGGGCGUGUAUGGGUACCCGAUAGAGAUACAAGCACUCUUCUUCAUGGCAUUAAGAUGUGCUUUAGUUUUACUCAAACAAGAUGAUCAAGGGAAAGAACUUGUUGAUCGAAUCGUGAAGCGUCUUCAUGCUUUAAGUUUUCACAUGAGAAGCUACUUUUGGUUAGACUUGAAGCAACUGAAUGACAUAUAUCGGUACAAAACUGAAGAGUAUUCGCAUACUGCUGUCAACAAGUUUAAUGUGAUUCCGGACUCCCUUCCUGAAUGGGUUUUUGACUUUAUGCCAACUUAUGGGGGAUACUUUCUUGGAAACGUGGGACCCUCAAACAUGGACUUCCGUUGGUUUUGUUUGGGAAAUUGCAUUGCCAUUCUUUCAUCGUUAGCGACCCCUGAACAGUCCUUGGCGAUUAUGGAUCUUAUAGAAUCGCGAUGGGAGGAGUUAGUUGGAGAUAUGCCGGUGAAGGUUUGUUAUCCGGCUAUUGAAAGUCAUGAUUGGAGGAUUAUUACUGGGUGUGAUCCAAAGAACACUAGAUGGAGUUACCACAACGGAGGAUCAUGGCCAGUGCUCUUAUGGUUGCUGACGGCUGCAUGCAUCAAGGUGGGACGGCCCCAGAUUGCAAGGCGUGCCAUUGAAGUGGCAGAACUCAGGCUGGCAAAAGAUGGGUGGCCAGAAUAUUAUGAUGGAAAGAGCGGGCGGUAUGUUGGAAAGCAGGCUCGCAAGCAUCAAACCUGGUCCGUUGCGGGUUAUUUGGUCGCUAAAAUGAUGCUCGAGGAUCCUUCGCAUUUAGGUAUGAUAUCACUUGAAGAAGACAAGCAGAUGAAACCCAUGGUCAAAAGAUCAUCUUCAUGGACUUUUUAGUAUUUAUUUUUCUUUUCGGGUAUUUUUAAGAUCUUGGUAGUUUGUUAGAGCUUUCGAAUUGAUGUUGGUUUGUAGAAAGAGAUUUUUAUGGUUCGCAUUUAGCAGAAUAACAUUUGAUUGAGAUGAUUAGAACUUUUACAUUGUAUUGAUGUUCGUACAUAAGUUAAUAAAAAUGGAAUGAAUGCA